AUGGAAUCGAAAGGGUCAGUACAACCAGGAAUCCUCGAACUCGCCCGUACUUCAACAACAACAACCAUCGACCCAGGUCCACCCCCCGACGGCGGCCUCAAAGCGUGGACCCAAGCCCUUAUGGCCCACCUCGUGAUCUUCAACACCUGGGGCUACAUCAACUCCUUCGGCGCCUUCCAAACCUACUAUUCCCAAACCCUUGACCAACCCCCCUCCACCAUCUCCUGGGUCGGCUCCAUCCAAAUCUUUCUCCUCUUCUUCAUCGGAACAUUUUCGGGGCAAUUGCUGGAUGCAGGGUAUUUUUGGUAUACGUUUGGGGUUGGGAGUGUAUUGCAGCUUGUGGGGGUGUUUACGGCGAGUGUUAGUGGGACGUACUGGAGUUUGUUGUUGAGUCAGGGUGUGUGUACCGGGAUUGGGAGUGGGUUGCUCUUCUGUCCCGCUGUGGCAUUGGCGAGUACGUACUUCCUCCGCAACAGGUCGGUCGCAAUCGGGAUUGCCGCAUCUGGUUCCGCGACGGGUGGUGUCGUCUUCCCCAUCAUCGUUCGACAACUCCUCCCCACGGCGGGUGUGGGCUGGGCAAUCCGAACCCUCGGUUUCAUCAUGGUCUUCAACACCAUCAUCGUCGCCUUCUUCAUGCGUCCCCGCCUCCCACCCCGCCCCUUCGGCCCGAUCAUCGACUGGGACGCCUUCAGAAACCCAUCCUACACCCUCUACGCCAUCGGCAUGUUCUUCUCCUUCUGGGGCAUCUAUUUCGCAUUCUAUUACAUCGGCUCUUUCGCGCGAUCGGAAUUAGGGUUCGCGUAUCAAGAUUCAAUUGAUUUGUUGAUCAUCAUGAAUGGGAUUGGGUUGCCCGGGCGUAUUAUACCGAAUUUCGUUGCGGAUAGGUGGAUUGGGCCGUUGAAUAUGUUGUUGCCAUUUACGGGUAUUGUGUCGGUGAUGUUGUUUGGGUGGCCUGGUGUGCACUCGAAGGCUGGAGUUUAUGCUUGGGCGGCGAUGUAUGGGACGUUCGCGGCUGGAAUUCAGUCGCUGUUCCCUGCGACAUUGUCCUCGCUGUCGAGUGAUCCGAAGAAGAGAGGGGUGCAUAUGGGUAUGGUGUUCACGGUCGUUUCGUUUGCGUGUUUAUCUGGACCGCCGUUAGGAGGUGCAUUGCUGACGAGCGAUGAUGGAGGGUAUCUUUAUGGACAGAUCUGGGCUGCAUUGUCGAUUUUGCUGGCGAGUUGUUUCCUCGUAGCUGCCAGGAUCUCGAAGACGGGUUGGAAGCUGAGAGUGAGGUGUUGA